AUGGUUAGUGCUUCUCAUAAGGAUUGGUCUGUAAAGUUGGAUGAAUCUCUAUGGGCGUACAGAACUGCGUUCAACACAACUAUAAGGACUUCACCAUUCAAAUUAGUGUAUGUAAAAUCAUGUCAUCUACUUGUUGAGAUAGAACAUAAAGCUUAUUGGUCAAUUAAGAUGCUUAAUCUUGAUCUUAGUCUUGUAGGUGAACAUAGGUUGGCGCAGAUAAAUAAAUUGGACGAGUUUAGACUGGACGCGUAUGAAAAUGCACGAAUUUUCAAGGAAAAGACAAAAAGGUGGCACGAUCGUAUGAUUACGCCAAAGGAGUUUCAUGACAAUAGCAGACUUAAGUUGUUCCCAGGAAAAUUCCAAUCAAAAUGGACAAGUCCGUAUGUGGUAAAACAUGUCUCACCGUACGUCGCCGUUGAAAUUCUGGAUGAAGAAGGGAAUGAAAUCUUUAAUGUGAAUGGGCACAGGUUGAAAUCGUACCUUGUUGGAGGAUUUGACAAGCAAUCCACUAGAAUCGUGAUAAAAUGA